AUGAUCGCAGUCGAACGACUGAGGGAAGCGCCUCUCGUGGUUUUGGUCAAGGCUGUUCCUCUUGCCCUUGUAGCUUAUGGACUUGCUAUCAUCGUCUACCGCAUAUGGUUCCAUCCUCUUGCCAAAUUCCCCGGGCCUGUCUUGGCCAAAGUCACAAACCUCUAUGGCGGAUACUAUGCAUGGAGAGGAGAUCUGCAUCUUGAUAUGAUGCGUUGUCACGAGAAAUACGGCGAUAUUGUUCGAUACGCACCCAAUCGCGUCCUGUUCAAUAGCAACACCGGCUUGAAAGAGAUCUAUGCAUUCACCAAGCAAGUUCAGAAGUCGGCCGCCUACGGGGCCAUGGUUCAUCGGGCUCCCAAUACUCUUACCCUGAUUGACAAGAAGCAACACGGUCGCAAACGCCGUACCAUCGCCCAGGGAUUUGGAGACAAUGCUCUCCGUGGGUUUGAGGAUACUAUCAUGGGCCUAGUGCGCACAUUUUGUGACUCGCUGGUCCAAAACACUUCGGCAGGCGAAUGGUCUUCUCCGCAGAACAUGGCCAAGUGGUCAAACUACCUGACUUUCGAUAUCAUGUCUAGCGUGAUUUUUGGUGAGAGCUUCAAUCUCAUCGGCAGUCCUGAAAAUCGACAUAUUGUCCAAUCCAUUGAAGACUCCAAUGUGCGGACAGGAGUUCUCCUUCAAGCAGGCGAGUUGUCCACUCGCCGCCUUGACCGCAAACUCUUCCCCGAGGCCAUCGCUGGCCUGGAUCCGGAGACAAAACAGGGCUUUACCCCAGCUGAGAUUGGAGCGGAGAGCACUACUAUGAUUGUGGCGGGAUCCGAUACCACUUCCACGGCUAUUGCAUCAAUCUUCUUCUACCUCUGCCGCUACCCUGAUAUCUACGAGAGAGUCAAGACCGAGGUUCGCGCUGUGUUCCCUGAUCCCAAUGACGUCAGCCUCGGAGCUGGCCUCACCGAAUGUGUAUUUCUUCGUGCAUGUAUUGAUGAGACUCUACGUAUGUCUCCUCCGGCCAGCAGCUCAUUGUGGCGCGAGGUGAUCCAGGACGGUGUCAUGAUUGACGGGCAUGUAAUUCCUCGCGGCUAUGAUGUUGGUACUUGCAUUUAUGCUGUCCAUCAUAAUGCCGAGUACUAUCCGCAGCCGUUCGAGUAUCGUCCUGAUCGUUGGCUCGACGAGCCCGAUAAGGUCCAGCUUGCUCGUUCCGCAUUUACACCCUUCUCAAUUGGGCCCCGAAGUUGCUUGGGCAAAGGAUUGGCCCUGACUGAGUUGUCUUUGACCAUGGCUUAUCUGUUGUCCAAGUAUGAUUUCCGUCCUGCACCGGGCACCGAACAUGUGGGCGGCGGUUCGGCUUCUCAGGGGCCCGGACGAAGCCGUGAGGGGGAGUAUCAACUUCAUGAUCAUGUCACGGCGGCAAAGAAUGGGCCAAUUGUGCAGCUCCGCUUACGCCAGUAA